AUGAAGAUGCUAUGGGCCGUAGUCGCACACAGUGCACUGCUUGCAUCAGCAAGUCCCAUGAAACGCGCCGAGGCUUCGGACGACAACAAGGCGUUGAUUGCCAAGCUUAAGACGGACGGCACCAAGCUCGAGCAGUUCCACGACAUUCUGGAUGGCGGUGAUGUCGUCAAGGCUACAGUAUUCGACUUCAACGAACAGUAUCCGGUUCCUGGUGGUGAGGGAGGUGCUGUGUCCAGGGCCUUCAUUGACAACUUCCCCCUACUCAUCGACUCCGGCAUAAGCUUCUCGAUUGCCACGCUCGGACCUUGUGGCAUCUUUUUCCCGCACGUUCAUCCACGUGCCAAUGAGUUCUUCGCCGUCAUUGAGGGCGAAGUGGGAUUCGGUGCUAUGUUCGAGAGCACGAUAAAUCCGUCCGAUGCGGCGAAGCCUCUUGGUACUAUCAAUGGCACGCUGAGUCGAUUCCAGGGCACACUUUUUCCUCAAGGAAGCAUUCAUUGGCAGAUCAACGACUCAGAGAAGUGCGAGAAGGCAACCACCAUUGCCACAUUUAAUUCCGAAGAUGGGGGCAUCACAGCAGUGUUGCAGCAGGUCGCGGAUGGGGAUAAUUUGAAUGCAGGCAUGCAGGAGGCGGAAAUUGGGGAUAUUGAGCAGUACUAUCCCCUUCUGCCUCCGGCGCUUGUUGAUGCUUCGAAGAAGUGUUUGGCAAUAUGCAAGAAAUGA